AUGAAAUCAAACAAGGCCUCUGCUUUCACAGCCGGUGGAAGACUAGAAUCAGGAAAGUAUAAAAGCAUCCUCAUUCUUCAACUAAUUUUAUACUCUUGUGCCUUCGUUGCCUUGACAGUAGCAACUGGAGUUUAUCUUUGGGACAAGGAAGUCGACAAUAAAUGCGCUCACUGCAACUCAGACGGUUGCAACAUCUUUAGAGAUGAUGUUAUUAAUGUACAUGAUAGAUUUUCAGAUAUCUUGAAGAUCUAUUUCGCUGUAUUCAUUGCUAACUCUGUGAGAUGCAUAUUGGUGCUCCUCGCUGUUUUGACAAACAACAAAAAACUUGUAAUGCUUGAUGGCAUUUGCUGCUUCAACGAUUGCCUAGCAUUCGCUGCUCUCAUCAUCAUCCAUGUUUAUAGGUUCCAAUAUUCUGGAAAAUGGUGCUCUGGAGAUGUAGCUAUGGAUAAAGGUAAUCUUAGCUAUGACGACAUGACCAAGGUUGCUGAUAGUGAGAGUGGAAAGUUUUAUCUCAUUCACAGAGGAAGAUUACUUCUUGGUAUCGUGAUCUGGAUCUGGGUCGGUGGUUUUUCACUUGGCUGCAUUUCUGUUGUUCACGCUAUCUUGAUCAUUAAGUCUUGA